AUGGAUUACGACGACGAACUCAGACAUGAUUGCGAAGUUACUGGAGAGGUGUUGCAACGAGAUGAAGCGGAGGAUAUCAUUGACGACUUUGAAGCGGAAAUGGAGGCCGAGUUAGAUGAUAUUGUAUCGCAUGCUAGCAAAACUUGGGCCAACGAUCUUGCCUCCCCAAACGACACCCCCUCCACCAGUAAGGCAAAGCCAAAUGGCUCCGAAACACAUUACGACAAAGAUUAUUUCGAUUCCUCCGAUGAAGAGGAGCCAAGUCGCAAUAGAAGAAAGCUGAGCAACGAUGAGCUCCUCUACAACCCAGAUGCUGACGAGGAAGACGAGAAGUGGAUGGCAAGCCAGUCGAAAAGUCACAAGAAAGCGAAGAUGUCUGAUGCCGUUUUGAACUGCCCAGCAUGCAUGACAGUAAUCUGCGUCGACUGUCAAAGACACGCCACGUACCAGCAUCAAUACAGAGCCAUGUUCACGAUGAACUGCACUGUAGACUCCGAAAAUGUUCUCAAAUAUAAGAAGAAGACUGUUAAGAAACGCGGUAGAAAGAAGAGAGCAGCUAAAGAAAAGGCAAGAAGACGAAGCAGAUCCAAAAGUCUCAAUCGUGCCAGCGAUGCUACAGACUCUGAAGCAGAGGAUCUUUAUCAUCCAGUGAAAUGCAAUGUCUGCGACACUGAAGUCGGAGUAUUCGAUCAUGAUGAAGUCGUUCACUUUUUCAACGUCAUCGCCUCUCAUUAA